AUGGCAUCCACUCUCAAGAGCGCACUUCCUUCCCACCUUAAGCCAUCUGGCUUGGGCGGCGACAACGCUGCCGAAUUUGCUCGAAAACACCAUGGCAAGACCCAAUCUCACAUGGCUUUCGAGAACACUUCCACAUCGGUCGCUGCCAGCCAAAUGCGAAAUGCGCUUAACAACUUAGCUGAUACUGUCACCGACCCUACUGAGAAGAAGCUUUUUGAGACUGAGAUGGACAACUUCUUUGCUCUUUUCCGCAGAUAUUUGAACGAUAAAGCUAAGGGAAACCAACUUAGUGAUUGGGACCGCAUUGCCCCACCAGCACAAAACCAGGUCGUCGAUUACAACGAGCUUGCUAAUUCCGAGUCGGUUGGCUUCUUAAGCAAACUUGCUGUCCUCAAGCUCAAUGGAGGUCUCGGUACCUCUAUGGGAUGUGUUGGUCCAAAAUCGGUUAUCGAAGUCCGUGACGGCAUGUCUUUCUUGGAUCUUUCUGUCCGUCAAAUCGAAUAUCUCAACCGAACAUACAGCGUGAACGUUCCUUUCGUUCUCAUGAACUCGUUCAACACCGACGACGACACCCAGAACAUUAUUAAGAAAUACGAGGGACACAACAUCGAUAUCUUGACAUUCAACCAAUCCCGAUACCCAAGAAUCUUGAAGGACUCCCUUCUCCCAGCACCAAAAUCUUUCAACUCCCCAAUCUCUGACUGGUACCCACCAGGACACGGAGAUGUAUUCGAGUCGCUUUAUAACUCAGGUAUCCUUGACAAACUCAUCGAGAGAGGUGUUGAGAUUCUUUUCUUGUCUAACGUUGACAACUUGGGUGCUGUUGUUGAUCUCAGAAUUCUCCAGCACAUGGUCGAGACCAAGGCUGAGUACAUUAUGGAAUUGACCGACAAGACCAAGGCUGAUGUUAAGGGUGGUACCAUCAUUGAUUAUGAGGGAUCCGUCCGCCUUUUGGAAAUCGCUCAAGUUCCUAAAGAGCACACUAACGAGUUCAAGUCUAUCAAGAAGUUCAAGUACUUCAACACCAACAAUAUCUGGUUGAACUUGAAGGCUGUCAAGCGUAUUGUCGAGAACAAUGAGCUCGAGAUGGAGAUUAUUCCAAAUAACAAGUCCAUUCCAGCUGAUAAGAAGGGCGAGUCUGAUGUUUCAAUUGUCCAACUUGAGACAGCUGUCGGAGCCGCUAUCCGUCAUUUCCACAACGCCCAUGGUGUGAACGUACCACGAAGACGUUUCUUGCCAGUCAAGACCUGCUCCGACUUGAUGCUCGUCAAGUCUGAUCUGUACUCGCUCAAGCAUGGUCAGCUCCAGAUCGACCCCAACAGAUUUGGCCCAGCUCCACUCAUCAAGCUUGGUAACGACUUCAAGAAGGUAUCCGAUUUCCAAAAGAGGAUCGGUUCCAUCCCCAAGAUUAUCGAGCUUGACCAUUUGACAAUCACUGGUGCUGUCAACCUUGGUCGUGGCGUUACUCUUAAGGGUACAGUCAUUAUUGUAGCGACAGAAGGCAGCACUAUUGAUAUUCCUCCGGGAUCCAUCCUGGAGAACGUUGUCGUUCAAGGUUCAUUGAGACUUUUGGAGCAUUAG